UAAAACCUUUAAAUUCUAAGGGAUAGCUAAGCUUUUGUUAACUUCCGGAAAAGAUACUAAAGAUCUUAUGUGGUGUAGUUUGACGUCUUUUUCAGUAUUAUCUACUAAAGGGUGGCAGCUUCAACAACAGAUCAUCAAAUGUUUAGGUCUCCAAUUCUUGCAAAAGUUGCAGUGAGACAGGCUCUUUCAGUUUGUAUCGGUUACUUUCCCGUGACGACCUCAAGUGUUGAGUAGCUACAACAAUGUGGUCCGCAAUGCCUGGUUAUAGUUAAAUAUGACCUUUUGCAGAAAAAGUUGGUUGGCCCUUUAAACAUAAUAGUGUUCGGGCGUUCUUAAACACGUUUGACAAGUACUGUCAUUAGGAUAGGGCUCGAAUUUCACCCCUUCGUUGCCUCUAUUGAAAAAUAAUUGUCUAAGUUCCUUUUCACGUUAUUCAACAAACUUUUUGUCAAUCCAAUCAUGACACCUUAUUUAAAAUAGUGCAGGGGAAUUGCAGAUCUUCAAGCCAACAGCCUUAUAGAAUUUUGAUGCAUGGGAAAUUUAGAGGCUUUUUUAAAAGCCAGUACGACCGGUCUUUUCUGUGAAACGAGAAAAAAAAAAGUCUUUAAGAAGGCGGGAAAGAUGUUGAGAGGAUUAAAGCGGUAACCAAUUCCGUGGGUGAAACAAGAAACGCUACAGUCUAUGGUCCAAUCAGAACGCGAGGGUCGCUAUAAAUACCGGGAUGACCGGUUCCUGUUUUCACACGUGUUGAGUAGUUAGCCAUGGCUCGAACAAAGCAGACUGCUCGCAAGUCCACCGGCGGUAAGGCUCCGCGCAAGCAGCUGGCCACCAAGGCGGCCCGUAAGAGCGCCCCGGCCACUGGCGGCGUGAAGAAGCCCCACCGCUAUCGUCCCGGAACCGUGGCUCUCCGUGAGAUCCGCCGCUACCAGAAGUCUACAGAGCUGCUGAUCCGCAAGCUGCCUUUCCAGCGUCUGGUGCGCGAAAUCGCCCAGGACUUCAAGACCGAUCUGCGCUUCCAGAGCUCAGCAGUGAUGGCGCUGCAGGAGGCGUGCGAGGCCUACCUGGUGGGGCUUUUCGAAGACACCAAUCUGUGCGCCAUCGUCAUAAUGUCUGGCCGAGGCAAGGGCGGGAAGGGUCUUGGUAAAGGUGGAGCCAAGCGCCACCGUAAAGUUCUGCGUGACAACAUCCAGGGCAUCACUAAGCCUGCAAUCCGGCGUCUGGCCCGCCGUGGCGGAGUCAAGCGUAUCUCCGGCCUCAUCUACGAGGAGACUCGCGGGGUGCUUAAGGUGUUCCUGGAAAACGUGAUCCGCGAUGCCGUCACCUACACCGAGCAUGCCAAGCGCAAGACGGUCACCGCCAUGGACGUAGUCUACGCGCUCAAGCGCCAGGGUCGCACUCUCUACGGUUUCGGCGGCUGAGUGCAUUUUUAGUCUCGGUUCCCAACACAAAGGCCCUUUUCAGGGCCCCC